AUGCGACCAGGAUCGUCCAUGGAUAGCGACCCAGAGGCCAUGCGUGCACGUAAUGUCAUGUCGCCGUUGACACGCGGGCCAUUGACUGGUGCUUAUGAGAACUAUCUCCUCGUCCGACCUUAUCCAUCUCUUCGCACUCUCUUCACAUCGCCUUCACUCCGAAUCCCAGGCAUGUUGCAGUCUUCUUUUCUUUCUCGUAUCGGCAGCUCGAAAGCUGUGAGAGAAGAGCUUGUGCAAGCUAUGAUGAGCGGCCGGAGCGUGACCGCUCGCAUCAAAUGGGUCAGCCGUUACAAUGCUGGAGGUCGCAAUCGAUGGAUACAUUACCAGGUAGUUUUGAGCGAUCUGAUUGGCGGAGAUCGAGGGAUAUGA